UCCGGGUUCUGAGUGUAGCUACCGGAGUGUUGGGCUGCUGCACGUGGGGCGCGGACUGAGGGUGCAAAAAAGGGGGCGACGCGUGGCAAGCUCAGUGGUACGUUCACGCGAAUACUGCACAGGGCCGUUCGGUUGGGUUUUGAGUGCAGAACGAACCUAUGGUGUCUGUAGUAGAUAAACUUACCGCUGCUGCCUCCCGGUGCUUCCCGGGGUGAACUGUCUCCAGGAGCAGUCUAGAAGACGCAGCUCGCGGUGGGAACAUGAAUCUCUUACCUAAAAGCUCCAAGGAGUUUGGCUCUGCCGACUACUGGGAGAAGUUCUUCCAGCAGCGAGGAAAGAAAGCUUUCGAGUGGUAUGGAACUUAUCUGGAGCUGUGUGAGGUGCUGCACAAAUACAUCAAGCCCAAGGAGAAGGUGCUUGUGAUCGGAUGUGGCAACUCAGAGCUCAGUGAACAACUCUACGACGUGGGCUAUCAGGACAUCGUGAACAUCGACAUCAGCGAGGUUGUCAUCAAGCAAAUGAAAGAACGCAAUGCCAGCCGACGGCCCCACAUGAGCUUCUUGAAGAUGGACAUGACCCAGAUGGAGUUUCCUGAUGCCACGUUCCAGGUGGUGUUGGACAAGGGCACGCUGGACGCUGUCCUGACAGAUGAGGAGGAGAAGACCCUGCGUCAGGUGGACAGGAUGCUGGCUGAGGUCGGCCGUGUCCUGCAGGUGGGCGGGCGCUACCUCUGCAUCUCCCUGGCUCAGGCUCACAUCCUGAAGAGAGCCGUGGGUCACUUCUCUCGGGAGGGGUGGAUGGUGAGGGUGCACCAGGUGGCCAGCAGCCAGGAGCAGGUGUCUGAAGCAGAGCCUCGGUUCUCCCUGCCUGUCUUUGCCUUCGUCAUGACCAAGUUCAGGCCAGUCCCUGGCUCUGCCCUGCAGAUCUUUGAGCUGUGUACUCAGGAGCAGGGCAAGCCUGUGCGGCUGGAGAGUGCCCAUCAGCUGGCCGAGGCCGUGCGGGAGCGGCAACACUAUGCCUGGCUGUGUAGUCAGCUGCGCCGCAAAACCGGGCUGGGGAGUGUGUCUCUGGACUUGUGCAGUGGGGACACGGGGGAGCCACGCUACACCCUGCACGUGGUGGACAACCCCACCGUGAAACCAUCGCGGGACAAUCAUUUUGCCAUUUUCAUAAUUCCCCAGGGUCGCGAGACUGAGUGGCUCUUUGGCAUGGAGGAGGGCCGGAAGCAGCUGGCAGCCAGUGCGGGCUUCAGGAGGUUGGUCACAGUGGCUCUUCACCGAGGCCAGCAGUACGCUGGCAUGGAAAGCAUUCAGGCAGAGCUGUCGACCAGAGUCCUGGAGCUGGCUCCAGCCUGGAUGCCUCCCCAGCAGCAGGUGCCCUUCCUGUCUGUGGGCGGGGACAUCGGGGUCCGGACUGUUCAGCACCAAGACCACAGUGCCUUGAGUGGUGACUAUGUCAUUGAGGAUGUGCAAGGGGAAGACAAGCGCUACUUUCGGCGACUCAUCUUCCUCAGCAACAGGAACGUGGUGCAGUCAGAAGCCAGGCUGCUGAAGGAUGUGUCUCACAGAGCCCAGAAGAAACGAAAAAAGGACAAGAAGAAACAGCGACCCGCUGAUAUUUCUGAGGACUUCCCGUCUGCCCCAGGGCAGUCCAUUGAUAAGAGUUACCUGUGUUGUGAACACCAUAAAGCCAUGAUUGCUGGCCUUGCCCUGCUGAGAAACCCAGAGCUGCUGUUAGAGACUCCACUGGCACUGUUGGUGGUGGGCCUGGGUGGGGGUAGCCUCCCCCUCUUCAUUCAUGAUCAUUUCCCGAAGUCCCGUAUUGAUGCUGUUGAGAUUGACCCCUCCAUGUUGGAAGUGGCCACACAGUGGUUUGGCUUCUCCCAGAGCGACCGGAUGAAGGUUCACAUUGCAGAUGGCCUUGACUUCAUUACCAGCCUGGCAGGAGGAGAAGCCAAGGACUCACUGUCGUCUUUCCCAGCACGCCCUCUCUAUGAUGUGAUAAUGUUUGAUGUGGACAGCAAGGAUCCAACGCUCGGGAUGAGCUGUCCUCCCCCAGCAUUUGUGGACCAGCUCUUCCUGCAGAAGGUCAAAAGCAUCCUGUCUGAUGAAGGUAUCUUCAUCCUUAACCUUGUGUGUCGGGACCUGGGGUUAAAGGACUCGGUGCUGGCCGACCUCAAGGCGGCCUUCCCGCUCCUCUAUGUCCGGCGGAUUGAAGGGGAAGUGAAUGAGAUCCUGUUUUGUCAGCUGCAUCCAGAACAGAAACUUGCUACACCAGAGCUCCUGGAGAUGGCCCAGGCUUUGGAGCGGACGCUGAGGAGGCCUGGGCAGGGCUGGGAUGACACCUAUGUUCUGUCAGAUAUGCUGAAGACUGUGAAGAUUGUGUGAGCCCCGGGGCCAGGCAGCUCUCAGCUUUCUGUCCAGACUGAGUUGAACUCCUGGGCUGCUGGAAGCUAAAGAAUGGUGCACAGUCCUUUUAGACCUCAUGGUUUCCUUGUCAUAGUCAGCUCCAUGCUGCCCACCUUUUGGGAUGGGCGGCAGCACCUGGGGUGAUUAUGAAAGCCAGGUGUGGUAGCUCAGGCCUUUAAUCUCAGCACUUGAGAGGCAGCUGGAUCUCUGUAAGUACAAGGCCAGUCUGGUCUACAGAGUGAGUUCAGGACAUUCAAGGUUACACAGAGAACAAACAAAACAAAACAAGUCUGAUUGUGGAAGAAGAGUAGGUUUGGUCACCUCUGCUUCUGGAAGCUGAGGGAAGACCAAGGACAAGUUAACAGUCGAGCAUUGAGGUAUCGUGGGUAUUUAACAUCUUCCCAAAGCUCCUGUGUUGAAAGCUGUCUCAGCCCCUGUGGCUCCUUUGGAAGAUGGUAGAACUUUUAGGGAGGGACUUUGUAGAAGGAAAUUGGGUCACUGGUGUGCCCUUGAAGGGGCCGAUGGGACACUGGCCUUCUGCUUGGCCUCUUGGCUGCUGUCAAGUGAAGAACUCAUCCCUCCCCUCAUAGCGUCCCCGUCACGACGCACUGCUUUACCCAGGCACGGGCCAGUGAAUGGGUGUGCUCACAGGUAGCCUGGAACCUCCACACUAAGCCAAAUAAACUUUCUUCCUUGAAAGUUGGUUUCUCUCAGGUAUUUUUAUAGUAACUGAAAACUUAGAGGCAGUUUUCAGCUUCAUUUCCUACACAACAGAAAUUUGUACCACUGAGGACCAGUGUGCUCCCCAGCUGCUGGUCUGGGACUCAAUCCUUCAUCUGAGUCCUUGGACACGCACUGGCUUUUGCAAAGGUUUUAUGUACCCAGAGUCACUUCUAUGUCCCAUCUUUCCCACUAAAGAAUGGUUUGCUGCUGGGCAUGGUGGCACACACCUUUAGUCCCAGGGUUUGGGAGGCAGAGGCAGGUGGAUCUCCAUGAGUUUGAGGCCAGCCUGGUCUACAGAGUGAGUGGCAGGAUAGCCAGGGCACAGAGAAACUUUUGUCUCAACAAACAAAACAUAAUGUCAGGCAAAUGACUCCAUAUGCAAGUUUAAAAAAAAUUGAUUAUAUACACAUAUAAUGUUCUUUGAUUAUAUUUCCCCAGCCAUUUUUCUCUCAACAAAUGCCCUUUUCCUACCAAAACUUUCCUUUUUGGGGGGGCGGGGGGGCGUAGGCCAUUGCUACAGCAUUAUGGAGUAUUAUUUCCAUCCCAAUCCCACAAACAUUAACUGUAGUUUUUGGGGAGUGGGUGGGUCCUUAUGAGCCCUAUGUGCCUAACAAAUUGUGAAGUGAUUUAGGCGUAAAAUAAAUGCUAAGGGAAACACGUAGGCAAACCAGAGAGACACCAUGCAAUGGGCCCUGUGGUUCUUGGAGCCCUGUAGAUUCUCAGAAAGGUAUCUCUAGUGUGCCUAGGUUUUUAUGAUGAGUCCUGUAAUUGAGAAAUCCAAAAAAUGGACCUCACUGGCUAAAACUGAGUUGUUAACAGUUGCUGCAAACAGCAGUGCUGGAGAUGGAAGAGCGGAGAGCCUCAUUCUGGUGAGCGCCUGAUUCGUUUUCUUACAUUUCCUAGCUUCUACAAGUCGACUGAAUUACAGGACUGCGUCGUAAUGUUUGAGUUAAUCUAAAACUCAAGUAGCAUAACUUUGAGUAGCUUGUCACAAGCAGCCCUAGGAAGCUAAUCUGGGCUGCUUUAAAGGUCACUAAAGUUGAAGGCUGCUCUGAUUGGACACACUCUGGGAACCAGGAACAAGUUGCCAUCAGUGGUCAGCAUUUUUACUGGCUGGUUUUAUGUCAACUUGACAUAAACUAAGAGUCAUCAGAAAGGAGCCUUUGUGGAGGAAAUGCCUCAAUGAAAUUCAGCUGGAAAGCAUUUUCUUUAUUAGUGAUCAAUAGGGAAGGGCCCAGCCCAUGGCAGGUGGUGCCAUCCCUAGGCUGGUUGUCCUGGGUUUUGUAAGAAAGCUGAACAAGCCAUUUCAAGCAAGCCAGUAAACCACGCCCCUCCAUGUUAGCUCCUGCCUCCAGGUUCCUGCCCUGUUUGAGUUCCUAUCCUGACUUCCAUUGGUGAUGAACAGCAAUGUGGAAGUGUAAGCUGAGUAAACCCUUUCCUCCCCAACUUGCUUUUUUUGUGGUGCUUUGUCACAGCAGUAGGAAAUGUAACUAAGAGAAGUUGGUGUUGUCUGACACAGACUUGACCAUGUUUUGGGGAGGACUUAACUUUGGGCUAGCAAAGCCCUUGAAUGUUGAGAUCUCAAUGGGAUGUUCUUUUAGGUGCUUGGAAGAUAAGACUAUUGAGAACUGGGUCUGGAGAGAUGGCCCUGUGGUUAAGAGUUCUGUCUGUUCUUCCAGAGGUUUCUGAGUUCUCAGCAACCACAUGGUGGCCCACAACCAUCUACAACACGGUCUGGUGCCCUCUUCAGGCUUGUAGGUGUACAUGCAGCUAGAGCACUCAAACAUUAAAUAAAUAUUUUUUUAAAAAAGCCUCUGUGGACUGUGAAAAAGGCCUGGCUUGUGAAGUUGCAGAGGGAACUUUAAAGACUCUCUUAGGGCCAUUUGCUAAUUUGGAUUGAGAUUCUGUCAUGCAGGUCAGCUGGAGCUGAAGAGUCAACACAGUUAACGAGAAUAGCACCAUUGAAGUGAAACCUUUGCAUUACCAGGACAAUUGAUACUGAUCAGAUGGAGCUGAGAAAUUAUCAGUGAUUAAGAAGAGACCAGAAUCACAGAGGUGAACUCUGGGAAGUGUUCUCGGAGUACAGAGAAGCUGUGUUCCAGAAGCAGCCAAGGUUGUAUCUCACAUUUGCAGCCAGACUUGGUAAUGUAUAAGAGUUAUCCAGGUAGUACUGGUUUUGAAGGCAUGAAGGGAGUCAUGGAGAGCAGCUGAGACUUGGCACUGUGAGAGGCUAUUGGUGAAGGUGCAGCCUCAGUGGCACUUGAAGGCCCAGGACUGAAGGGGUCAUACAAAGAAGUUGAGGCUUGGCACCAUGAAGAGAGCCUAUGAGAGGCUAUUGGUGAAAGUGCAGGGCAGUUGCAGCAGAAGACCCCAGUGCUUUGGACAUGCUAGUACCAUGGGAUGACCACCAAGAACAGCAGCAGCAGUGGAGUGAAGCCAGCUAGAGCCUAGAAGACAAAGUGUGUGUUACAAAGGGCAGAGCUGGAGAAGUGACCCAAGCCCUUUGGAGGAGUCCAGAAGAUCCCGGAGUGGAUCCCACACUAUGGAUAGUUGGAGUUUGGUUUUGCUCUGAUUUGACUGUGACCGCACCCUGAUUUUUCCUCUUGAAGUAAGAAAGUAAUUGAUUUAUUUCUUUUAUUUUACUGGGGAGACUUUGAAUUUUAAAAGAAAUCUGCUAUUUUAAAGGGACUGACAUGUUAAUGUGCUUGAAUUUGUAAAGACUGAGGGACAAGAAAAGUUAUUUGUGUUUUUAAUGUGAGAUCUUGGGGCUGAAUGAGAAAGGAAGGGUUGUGGCUUAAUAGUGUUUGUGUGUCAAGUUGACAAGGGGUCAGUUGUACUGGCUGGUUUUAUGUGUCAACUUGACACAAGCUUAGCGUCAUUGGAGAGAAAAGAGCCUUUGUUGAGGACAUGCCUCCAUGAAAUCCAGCUGUGAGGCAUUUUCUCAAUUAGUGAUCAAUGUGGGAGGACCCAGCCUAUUGUGGGUGGCCAUCCCUGGGCUGGUAGUUCUGAAAUCUAUAAUGAAGUAGGUUGAUCAAGAGCAAGCCAGUAAGCAACACUGGUUCAUGGCCGCUGCAGCACCUCUUGCUUCCGGGUUCCUUUCCUGUUUGGAUUCAUGUCCUGACUUCUUUUGAUGAUGAUCAGCAAUGUGGAGGUGUAGUCUAAAUCAAACCUUUCCUCCCAAAGUUGCUUUUUGGUCAUGGUGUUUUGUUGCAGCAAUAGAAACUCUAACUGAGACAGCAGCUUAACUAGCUCUAAAAGACAAGUUCAACUUUCACUUGGUAAUUGAAUGUUCUUGUCUUGCCACAUGCUAGCCUCCCUCUCAAUUCUUUGCCUGAAGUAAAUGUCCUUUGAGUUAACUGAGGACACGAGCUUGCCACAGAGGGUGAUUUCCUCUGUGGAGCAAGCAGCUUCCUGUCCCACCAUGACAGAACAGUGAGAGCACGGGGUCUACUUACUGGAGCUCCAGGCUUCUAGUAAACCACUAUCAGUUCAAUUUCUCUCUUGCUUGUGGCUUGUCUUGCUGAUGGGUUCCUAUAGAUUUGUUAAAUCAUCAAUAAGAAAUAGGAUCUGUAAAUUGAGUUUCCUUUUUUGAUGUUCCCUAGGGAUUUUUUUUUUUUUUUGAAA